AUGAGUUUUGAAAUUAUCCCAGAAUUUCCGCCUGCAGCAGUCAAAGAUAAUGCAGGUGCAAUAGAUUGGGACAUGGAUAAUGUCAUUGCUUAUGCAUCUGGUUGCGUUGUUCAUCUUUGUUAUAUUGUUGACGGAAAAUUACAAAGAGCAGGAAGCAUCGAUGUUGCUCCAAAUGUAAUUACUAGUGUUUCUAUACAUUCAGAACAACGACUCAUUGCAAUUGGUGAUUCGGAAGGCCGUGUUGUUAUUUAUCAUGUUGAUAAGCAUCAAUUUAUUGCUUCAAGUAAGUCAUUUCUUUCAGACAAAGUUUACAAACUCAGAUGGUUUGGUGAAUAUCUAUUCGUUUUAUAUUCUUCAUCCCAUCUUUCGUGUUAUGCCUAUAAGCCAGGCAAUACAAGCGACAACUUACACAAUCUUCAAGAAUACUGGACUGUAUCAUUACCAUUUCAAUGCACAAACUUUUCAAUUGAUCCAAAUACUUAUAAUUAUAUUUUAUUCAGUGGUUCUUUUCCGAAAUUUUCAAUAUUCAGUCUUAAAGCACCACAUAUUAAGCCUGAACCUUACUUCGAAGUUAUCGAACUUACAACUCCCGACGAAAUUUUAGAUUCUCAAUGGUCUUAUCAUGCCCCUGGUUUCAUUUUCAUAGUCACUGGUAGAGAGAUCAUGUUUUUCCACAUGGAGACCAAAACGUUAAUCUCUUUAUUCGUCAGAAAAACAACAUCUGCCCAAUUUACGAAACUCAUACAAUUUUACAACAACCAUAAGCGACUUAUUACACUACAUAAAAAUGGAGGAAUGACAAUCUUUGAUUCUCCUGAUUCUUUCUUCAAAUAUCAAAUAACAACCGAAAUUUCUCCGAAACACUGCAAAUCUACGAUACUUACAGCCUGUUCAUCAAUUACUAAUGAUGACUACAUCUGUUUAUACUACAAUAAUAUCGGAAUUUCACUAUUUGACAUAAAUAAUUUCCAAAUUUGCUCUGCUUGUCCAAUUUUCCCAUCCAAUGUCACCUCAUUCGAUUGCGAUGGCACAGUGUAUUGCUACGGUACAGAUCAAGGCUCAAUCAUCUGUGGAAAUGUUUAUAAUGUCGAAGAUCUUCAAAAAUUUACAAUUUCUCAAAAUUCAGGAAUAAUUUUUGUUUCAAUUAAUUCUACAUUGAGAAAUGUUUAUUUCCAGACGAAUGAAAGCCUCGGAGUCAUCGACCUCUCAUCAAAAACAAUCCAAAAGUUCCAAACAAAGUAUGGUGAAGUGAUGAAUUCAAAAUGUUUUUCAUCUCACUUUGGCACUUUUAUCGUUGCAAGAGACAAAUUUGCGUUAGGUGUUUUCAUCAAACAGAAGGAAGUCCCUGUAUUGUUACAGACAGAAUUAGUUGAUGUUUCUGUUGAUGAACUGUUUUCGAGCCAAGAAAACGGAAGAUUUGCGGUUUUGGAUAAAAAUUCUGACAUUUUUGUUUACGAGUAUUCAAAAAGCAAAGACAAUGAAAUCAAGAAGUCGAAGUUCUGCUUGAAUGCGAAGAUGAUCUACUCCGAACCAACAGCAAUUUGUUUUAAUGGAAAUACGUUUAUUAUUUCAUUCCAAAACGGUUUGAUUUUGACAUUAAUUGAUGAAAAGAACUUGAAACAGUUCCAAACGAAGUAUUCCGGAAUAAUUAAACUAAAAUAUGUCGAGGGUUUGAUUUUCGGAUUGACAAAGAACUUCCAAUUUUUUGUCAUUUCACUUUUGACAGAAGAAAUAAGAGAAUGUCCAUUUAAUGUCAAAGAUUUUUGUCAAAUUGAUACUUCUAUCGUCAUGGUUUUGACAGACGAUAAAGUUUUACGGUUUUUGAGGUUAUCUGACUUCAAACCAAUUUCUCUUUUCUCUUCUUUCAUGAAAUUAGAGUCAAAAAGUGACAAUUGUAAACGACAAAUUUCACUUUUGAAGAAUUUCAAAGGAUUUAUGUCGGAAUACGCAAAGGAUGUUUACAACAUUUUGACAAAUAACGAAUGUUUAAGGUUACAACAAAUUAUCGGUUUUGUAAACUCCGAUUAUCGUAAAGUAUACGAUGAAUUAAUUUCCCAUUUAGAGAUCAAAGACAAAGACGGCCAAAAGUUCAUAUUUUUGGACCAUUUGUUCAGAGGAGAUUUUGAAUAUUGUUCAACAAUUGUUCAGUCAGAACAUGAAGAUUACGAAGACAAAUAUUUCGAGAAUUCUCUUUUAGGAUGUUUGUUGUUGACAAUGAAACAAAAUGACAAAGAAAUGGAUAACAAAACAUUGCAGUUUAUUGAAACAAGUGCAAUUUCUUUGUUGUCUUUCCAUAAAUUCUUUGAAGGUUGUUGUUUGUUCAGAUUGUUUGGUUUGGACAAAAAAGGUUUUGAUUCGUUCAUUGAAUACGGAGAUAUUUAUUAUUCAUCUUUGUUCUGCAAGUUCGUAAUGAAAGAGAAAGAAAGCUACUUUAACUUGGCUUGUUUGUUUUUGGACUCUUUCUCGUAUCAAAUCGCUUUGAUUUUGUUCGCAAAAAGUGGUGAAUUUCACCCAGUUUUGGAUAUUUUGUCAAAAAUGGGGUGCGAAAUUGACGCUCAUUUCUUGUUCAUUUAUCUAAGUGAUAAAGGUUUAUUACAUGAAUUGUCACCAAGACAAAUGGCAAUUGCUCAUGGAGUUGAAACUUUGGACAAAGUUGUCGAAAAAAUCGAAAUCAAAUUUGCUGAAAUUUCUCAAUAA